AUGGCGGCAGAACAGACAUCACCCUUACUCACCCUCCCAGCGGAACUCCGCAACCGCAUCUGGCACGAACUCUUCGCACCCCCAACCAGAGAAAUCUUCCACCUCACAAACGGCCACAUGGAACCCGCCCUCCUCAGCGUAAACCACCAACUCCGCACCGAAUGCGCCGGCAUCUUCUACGCCAACACCACCCUCCACUUCACCGACCCCCAAAUCUGCAUCCGUCGCCUCACCUCCCUCUCCCCGAAAAACGUCGAACUGAUUCCGGAAAUGCGCUUCGAUACCAGCGAGACGUGCGUGAAGGCGACGAGCUGGCGCACGGCGUUUAGGGAGUUGCCUGGAUUGGAUGAGGAUACGAAGUUGGAGAGUUUGAGGGACGAGUUGGCGAAGAGGGGGAUGAGGUUGGGGGUGGGGAUUUUGAGGGCGAGGCUUGUGGUGGGGUGUACGCCGAGUUGGACGAGUGAUCCGCUUGCGGCGGCGUUGGAUGCUGUUAAGAGUGGUUUCAUGGUCGGCAGGAUGAUGUUCAUUUAA